UGACGAUUUCAACCAGGGUAAAUCUUGGAAAUAUGAAAUCUAAGAAAUAUAGAAGACGACGAUGUAAUGAAUGAACCCCCCAACCCUAAACAGGUCUUCGCUUCCCCAUCGUCCAAUGGCGCUCCCAUUCUUCGAUACACCCAAGCCCCGCCAAACUUCAAUUUCAAAUCCUUCUGUUCAUUUGCAGAUUUCUAUUUCUCGAGGAAAACCCUAGGAAGUGCAGCAAGCCAAGCACCUCGGCGUUUUCGCAGUAGAGGAAGCAUGAGCUGGCGAGGGGCGAAGAUUAUUUUAUCCCACUCACUCGCCACUGUUGCCUCUCUCAAAUCCGACACUAGUCUCCGGCCAAAGUUUUUGAUGGUAUCCUGUCUCCCUUCAUUUAAUAAUUCCCGCGUAAAUUUCCUUAACAGCAGUAGUAGAGGCAUCAGUAGCUCUUCACAAGAUGACCUUGAUGGACUGAUUGAUCCUAAUUUCUCACUUCCGGACAAUGGACUUUAUUUGGCUCCGGAGAAGCCUAGGGAAGAAACAUCAGUUUCUACGGAAGAUUUUGCCUUUUUGCAUGAUACAGUUUUGGAGUGUGAUGCAUCGAGGAAGAGUUUAGAUUCGGGUAAGUUCUCUGAUGAGGCCAUAAUGAUAUCAAGGGAGAUCAACAAUAAUGGGGAUAACCUAGGAGACAAAACCCAUAGAUUUCUUAGGCAAUUCCGGGGAAAAUUGAAUAAUUCUUUGGUUAUUGAGGUGUUGAGGCUUGUAAAUAGUCCUGACUUGGGUGUUAAGUUUUUCAUCUGGGCUGGUCGCCAGAUUGGCUAUAGUCAUUCUAUGUCAGUUUACAAUGCCCUGCUGGAUACAUUCAGGUUUGAUAAGAAUAGUAGGGUCCCAGAACGUUUUCUGCGAGAAAUCAGAGAUGAUGACAAAGAAACCCUUGGGAACUUGCUGAAUGUUUUGAUCAGAAAGUGCUGCAGAAAUGGGUUUUGGAAUGCAGCACUGGAGGAGCUCGGGAGACUUAAGGAUUUUGGUUAUAAACCAUCAAAGUCUACGUAUAAUGCUCUAGUCCAGGUCCUGCUCAAGGCAGAUCGAUUAGAUAGUGCUUGUCUACUUUAUAGGGAGAUGUCUGACUUAGGUUUUAAUAUGGAUUUGUUCACCCUAGGUUGCUUUGCUCAUCAGCUCUGCAAAGCAGGUAGGUGGAGAGAAGCUCUUGGGAUCAUUGAAAAAGAAGAAUUUGUACCUGAUACUAUUAUCUACACAAAUAUGAUUAGUGGGUUAUGUGCAGCUUCCCUUUUUGAGGAAGCUAUGGACUUAUUGCAUCGAAUGAGGUCUAAUUCUUGUAUUCCAAAUGUGAUAACUUACAGAACUUUGCUCACUGGGUGUUUGAGAAAAGGACAGCUGGGUAGGUGUAAGAGAAUUCUUAGUAUGAUGAUUACAGAGGCUUGUUAUCCAAGUCGUUCGAUAUUUAAUUCUCUUGUUCAUGCUUAUUGCAGAUCAGGAGAUUAUGCUUAUGCGUAUAAGUUGCUCAAGAAGAUGGUAGAUUGUCAUUUCCAGCCAGGUUAUGUGGUUUACAAUAUCUUAAUUGGUGGUAUUUGUGGAAAUGAGGAACUACCUAUGUCAGAGAUGUUGGAACUAGCUGAAAAAGUGUAUGCUGAAAUGCUUGAUGCAGGGAUAGUAUUAAAUAAGAUAAAUGUUGGCCAUUUUGCUCGGUGUCUUUGCGGGUUUGGAAAAUUUGAUAAGGCAUUUUCAGUUAUCCGUGAAAUGAUGACUAAGGGCUUCAUACCUGACACUAGUACUUACUCAAAGGUGAUUGAUUUUCUCUGCCAGGCAUCCAAAUUUGAGAAGGCCUUCCUUUUAUUUCAAGAAAUGAGACAGAAUAAGGUUGUCCCUGAUGUCUUUACUUACACAAUUUUAAUUGACAGUUUCUGUAAAGCUGGUCUUAUUGAACAAUCUCAAAAAUGGUUUGAUGAAAUGGUAAGUGUUGGCUGUGCUCCCAACGUGGUAACUUAUACUGCUCUUAUACAUUCUUAUCUUAAAGCAAAAAGGGUAUCCAAUGCAAAUGAGCUAUUUGAGAGGAUGCUAUCAGAGGGUUGCACUCCAAAUGUUGUUACAUACACAGUUUUAAUUGAUGGUCACUGUAAGGUUGGAGAUAUUGAGAAGGCUUGUCAGAUUUAUUCCAGAAUAAGAGGAAAUUCGAAUACCCAAGAUGUUGAUAUGUAUUUUAAAGGUGACGGUAGUAAUCUCACUGAGCCAAAUGUUUUUACCUAUGGAGCUUUGAUAGAUGGUUUGUGCAAAGCUCACAAGGUACAUGAGGCUAGUGAAUUACUAGAUGCAAUGUCAGUGGUGGGUUGUGAGCCAAACCAAAUUGUAUAUGAUGCUCUUAUUGAUGGCUUUUGCAAGGUUGGGAAACUAGAUGAAGCUCAAGAAGUUUUUACAAAGAUGUCUGAACAUGGGUAUAAUCCAAGUGUGUAUACAUACAAUUCUUUGAUUGAUAGGUUGUUUAAGGAUAAAAGACUUGAUCUUGCUCUCAAAGUCUUAUCUAAGAUGCUAGAAAAUAAUUGUCCCCCAAAUGUGGUUACCUACACAGAGAUGAUUGAUGGACUCUGUAAAGUAGGAAAGACUGAUGAAGCUUACAAGCUUUUGAUGUUGAUGGAAGAGAAGGGUUGUCAUCCAAAUGUUGUUACUUAUACUGCGAUGAUAGAUGGUUUGGGAAAAGUUGGUAAAAUUGAUAUGUGCCUUGAACUCUUAAGACAAAUGAAUAUAAAUGGUUGUGCUCCAAAUUUUAUCACAUACAGGGUGCUGAUAAACCACUGUUGUGCAGCUGGCCUUCUGGAUGAAUCUCACAAACUUCUUGAGGAGAUGAAACAGACUUAUUGGCCAAGAUAUGUGCUGGGAUAUCAUAAAGUCAUUGAAGGUUUCAGCAGAGACUUUCUUAUCUCCAUUGACCUCCUAGAUGAGAUUGUGGAAUAUGAUAAUGUGCCAAUUAUUCCAACUUACAGAAUUCUGAUUGAUAGUUUUUGUAAGGCUGGAAGGCUGGAUGUGGCAUUGGAGUUGCAUAGGGAGAUUUUGACAUCUUCAGUCUUAUCUGCUGCUGACAAAAAUAUUUAUUCUACUUUGAUUGAGAGCCUCUCCAUGGCAUGUAAGGUUGAGAAAGCUUUCGAAUUAUAUGGAGACAUGGCCAGGAGAGGUUACAUUCCAGAGUUAACUGUCUUUCUUUACCUUAUCAAAGGUCUCAUCAAGGUUAACAAAUGGGAUGAAGCUCUUCAACUUUUGGAUAGCAUAUGCCACAUGGAAAUCAGUUGGCAUUCUAGGGAAGAUUCUGCUUGUAGAGAUAGUUGACUUCUCUUCUCGUUGUUUCCAUAUUCAUGGGCAUCUAAUGAGGUGUUUGACAAAUAAGUAUCGUUGGUUCCAGCUUCAUACCUGAUGGAUGAUGCAGCAUUUCAUACGUGAAGUUCAGAAGUUGCUGGACCAGUAUCCCAUUCCUGUGUCUUGAUUGGAGGACUAGAAUUCAGAGGGAAGUGGAUUUUGCAUUUCUUCCCCAAAUUAUUUAAGCCACACAUUCAGGUUCUGUUAAGGAAGCAACUUGAAAGGAGCCUUAUUGCUUUAUUAAUGUGGCUUGUUUUUUUUUUUUUUUUUCAAUAAACUUGGUGACCAUUCUUUCGUUUGCAAAUGUUUUUGGAAAUGGGUUUCAAGUUUCCAUUUGGGCUUCCUUCUCUGGGGAACAGUGUACUUAGUGGAAUAUCAGAGUGAAUUGUAAUUGUGGGGUUCUGGCCUUCAAUGGUAGAGUUUAUUUUUUGGUUUUAGUAGUGGCAAUACUGGAGUUGUUUAGUGAUUUUCCUCAGUGGGGUUUCAUUCUAUUUUUGUUUGCUCUUCUUUGAUCGUGAAACACUGCACCUACCUGUGAUCCAAAUGACUUUCAGAAGGGUGAAUGAAUCAAUUCAAUAGGAUGGUGUCAAAUAGUAAUGGGAUUAAUGGUUCAGCUUCCAAGUAGGUUAUUAUGUUGAUACUGCCAUUUAGAGCUCUGAAAGGGAUGAUAGCAAGAUCUUGGGUCAUGCAGAUCAGCUGAGAUGGCUUGAUCAUUUUCAUAUUUUGCUCAAUGCCACAAUAUUGAUAGAGCUCUCAAAUUUGCAAUAGUUGGAGUUGCUUGAUCGCAGCUUUGACAUGAUAAUGGGCCUAGUUUGAGUUGUGUUUUGGUGAUUGGAAAUCAACCUUUUGCUUAACAUCUAUAGCAAUUUAUUUGAUGGAGAUACAUUUGAACUCUGGUCAUUGCUGAAAUUGAUGGAAGACCAGUUUGUUUGUCAUCUAAUGAAAGCAGUUUGAAAAGAUAGUCACUAAAGGUGUCUAGCUGAAGAAACAUGGUUUCAUCUAACAGACACGUGAGAAUUCACCAAUGAAAGAUUUGUCAAAUUAAUAGGUUAGGGAAUGAAAGCAGGUUCUGAUGUUUGAACCUGUUGGACUUCGAGCCAUGGCACACAGGCUCCCAGAGGAGAACUAACAAACCCCACAUUUAUCCAGAAAUUAGCCCCACAAAAGGAAGCGGAGAAAGGUUUAAUGAAUUUGGAGUUGAUGGUUCAUCAGCAACGGCCCUUUGACCACGCUUGAUGUUAUGAUGAAUCACGUAUCUUUGAAUCUUGUGGUGCAGGUGCCAGAAGUUGAGAUAAAGUAUUUGGUUGCAGAGGCUGUAUAGCGGAGACACUGUUCAUAAUUGGUUGCAGUUUUAGAGCAAAUCUCCUUGUACAAACACAAAUAUCCGUAGAAGUGUGAUGCUUUUGGUCUUGUAUCCAUAUUAUAUUGAGUAAUAUGUUUAGGAUUUCUGGAAUAAUAUUACUGCUGAUUGUAAAAUCUUUCUGUCGGAUUUUCAUCAGUUGUUUGCUAUUCCCGUUCUUUGUAUACUGAUAAAAAAAUCAUGUCGUCUUUUACAGCUAUAAGAUUGACAAGAAAAUUCAUUGUAACUUCUUGUCAAGUUAAAAUUGGUUAGAGUUAUGGUUUCUUUA